CGCCCCAGUAUUGACCAUGGCCUCAGCUGCAUCAGAUUUCGUGAGAGAAGUUUGGGAACGCUAUCAGAAGAUUGUGAGGGAAAACCCUGAAACCGUCAGUCAGCUAGAAUCCACAUUCAAAGUUGUGUCAUAUGUUAUAGCAGGUAGAUUUGAAGAUUCCCAGGUUUUGUCAGAACUUGUCUACUUGGCAUCUAAUUUGCUGAUUCUACUAAAUGAUACAAUCUUUAGACAGACAGCCAAAGUUUUAAAAAACAUAUCUGUCCCAGUAGAAAGAUGGAAGAGAUUUCUAACAGUUUUGCAGUAUGCAGAAGUUUUUCUAGAAAUGGCAGCACAGAGAGCAUGGGGAGAAACAGGAAGAUGGUUCAUUAUAUUAGUUGUACAGCUCACAAAGACAGUUAUAAGGAUGAUGCUGCUUUGGAAACAUAAAGGAGGGUUUCAGACUAAUCCUCCUCAGCCUCCACUUGAUAGGGACCAACUUUUACCCAAGCUAAAGAGAAGUGUUUCAAAGGAACUGCUUGAUUUGGAAGAAAAUUUAGAUGGUGAAAAUGAAAGUCCUACUUUUACACUGAAAAGUUCCGGCAAAGUAAUGAGACGUCUUUCUACAUCUCCUCCAAUCAACUUCAGAACUUGGAAGUUACCUUCAGAAGAAAAAUCCAGUUAUUCCAAAAACAAAAAAUUACCGUACGGAAUUUCACCAACGUCAUUGUCAAAGCAGAGACUAUAUGCAGAAACUUUUUAUAUAAUCAAACCAUUGUUACACUUAUUUAGCAUGCGUCUAUUUGGGAUAGAGUCAUGGAAGCCCUUCUUGUUAUCUGGAUUUGCUGAUGUUUCAAGUUUAUGUAUGAUUGGUGACCCUCAAGACCUUAACCAAGAAGAAAAACAGGAGAUAAAGAAAAGGACAUACAUGUUGUUAUUAUAUUUAUUGAAGUCUCCUAUGUAUGAUAGACAUACUAAAGUAAAGAUUUUGUCCACAUUACAGUUUAUAUCUGACCAUGUUCCAUUAACUGGGUUAAUUCUACGUCCAUUGGCACAGUACCUACCUGCUUGGCAGAAAGUCUAUUUCUACUUGUGGUCAACAUAAUCACUGACAAAUUUUUAAAUUGUUUAUUAAACUGAUAAAUGUAUUUUUUUACAUGUUUCACAUGUUGAAUUUUAUUUCAAACCAUAAAGUUACAACAUAUAUGUUUGAUCACCAGUUUUAUACCAAGUGACCAAUUGUUCCAUGCUCGACUUUGCUUUAAAAGACAAACAAAAGGAAGAAAGAUAUUUAUAUCAAAUAUAUGAAUGCACCUGUUACACAUUGUUAUCAGAAAUGCCUAAUUUUCUUUUAUCUGCAAAGAUAAGCAAAUAAGCUACAUCUUUCAGGGUAUGGUUACUGAUAACAAUAAGGCUAUCAUAGGUGAUCUUGAGGUAUGAUUGAUUGGUAGAGGAGGUGGGAUAGGUUAUGCAGGAUCAUAUCCAAAUGUGGACCAAAUCUUUGUUGAAAUGUGAGCAUGUAGGUACAUCAUAAUAUUUUGGAGGCUGGGCUGAUAAUUUAAAGGCUAACAGUUAUCAUGUCUAAAAUAAAAAGUUACUGAAUGAUUUCUCAUAAAGGAAAACCAGCAUGAAAGUCUAGUCGAAAUCCUAUAGAAAAUUUGUACAUAAUAAUAAACCUUUUGUUAUUUGUAAAUAAUGUCUGAAACAUGGCAUAUUAGAAGUCCCAAUUCUGGUUCACUGGCUAGACUCUCAUGAAACAAUUCUGGUUCACUGGUUGCCCUCUCAAGACACAUUUCUGGUUCACUGGCUGCCCUCUCAUGACACAUUCUGUUUCACUGGCUGCCCUCUCAUGACACAUUUCUGGUUCACUGGCUGCCCUCUCAAAUAAUGAAUGGAAUAAUACUUUUUAAAUUAAACUAAAUGAACAAAACAAUUAGUAGAACUACCUGUUCAUGAAAUAGCAGCCAUUAAGAAUAACACAAUUUGUCACAAAAUAGUCAUUUUGUUGAAGACCGUACUGUGACCUAUAAUGGUUUACUUUUAUAAAUUUUGACUUGGAUGGAGAGUUGUCUCAUUUGGCACUCAUACCACAUCUUCUUAUAUCUAUUUUGUUAUAUAAAUGAAUAUAUUUAAAAAUUCAUAAAAUUCAAUCAAUUUUUAUACGACCGCAAAAAUUAAAAAUUUUUUGGUCGUAUAUUGGUAUGGCGUCGUCGACGUCGCUGUCCGGCGUCGUCGUCCGAAGACACAUUGGUUUUCGCACUCUAACUUUAGUUUAAGUGAAUGGAUCUCCAUGAAAUUUUACCAUAAGGUUCAAUACCACAAAAGGAAGGUUGGGAUUGAUUUUGGGGGUUAUGGUACCAACAGUUAAGGAAUUAGGGGCCAAAAAUAAGCAUUUUUGUAACUUCCAGACAUAACUUGUGUGUUAGUGUAUGGAUCUCUCUGAAAUUGUACCACAAGGUUCCAUUUCACAAAGGGAAUGCUGGGAUUGAUUUUGGGGGUAAUUGCUGCAAAAUUUUAGGAAUUAGGGGCCAAAAAAGGGGCAAAAAACAAGCAUUUUUCUAGUUUCAUGAUAAUUACUUGUGUGUAAGCAUAUGGAUUUUUUUUAAAUUGAACUACAAGGUUCCAUAUCACAAAGGGAAAGCUGGAAUUGAGUUUGGGGGUAAUUGCCCUAAACGUUUAGGAAUAAGGGGCCAAAAAGGGGCCAAAAAUAGCAUUUUUCUAGUUUCCAGACAAUAACUUGUGUUCAAGUGUAUGGAUCUCUCUGAAAUUGUACUGCAAGGUACCAUACCACAAAAGGAAUGCUGGGAUUGAUUUUGGGGGUAAUUGCCUCAAAAUUUUAGGAAUUAGGGGCCAAAAAGGGGCAAAAAACAAGCAUUUUUCUAGUUUCAGGACAAUAACUUGUGUGUAAGUGUAUGGAUCUUUAUGAAAUUGUACUACAAGGUUCCAUAUCACAAAAGGAAAGCUGGGUUUGAGUUUGGGGUAAUUGCCCUUAACGUUUAGGAAUUUGGGGCCAAAAAGGGGCCUAAAAACAAGCAUUUUUUUAGUUUCCAGACAAUAACUUGUGUUCAAGUGUAUGGAUCUCUCUGAAAUUGUACUUCAAGGUACCAUACCACAAAGGGAAUGCUCGGAUUGAUUUUGGGGGUAAUUGCUUCAAAAUUUUAGGAAUUAGGGGCCAAAAAGGGGCAAAAAACAAGCAUUUUUCUAGUUUCAGGACAAUAACUUGUGUGUAAGUGUAUGGAUCUUUAUGAAAUUGUACUACAAGGUUCCAUAUCACAAAAGGAGAGCUGGGUUUAAGUUUGGGGGUAAUUGCCCUAAACAUUUAGGAAUUUGGGGCCAAAAAGGGGCCUAAAAACAAGCAUUUUUCUAGUUUCCAGACAAUAACUUGUGUUCAAGUGUAUGGAUCUCUCUGAAAUUGUACUGCAAGGUACCAUACCACAAAGGGAAGGCUGGGAUUGAGUUUGGGGGUGAUGAAUCAUAAGGGGGUUCAAAAAAUUUAGUGGAGGGAUUUUUUUUUUCUUUAAAAUUUUCCAUUUUGAAUUGGUUAUUUCUGAUUUAUAUAUAAAAGCAAAUAAUAAUGAUAUGGUUUGAAUAGGUAAAUUAAAAAAAUUUAAUUUCUUAGACCACAUUCAUUCUGUGUCAGAAACCUAUGCUGUGUCAAAUAUUUAAUCACAAUCCAAAUUCAGUGCUGUAUCAAGCUUGAAUGUUGUGUCCAUACUUGCCCCAACUGUUCAGGGUUCGACCUCUGCGGUCGUAUCAAGCUGCGCCCCAGCGGAGCAUUUUAUUGAGUUUAGAAAUAUGUUAUAACUAAAUGUUCGGUGCUUCAAUGCUGUAUUUUUUUAGUCUGCUCACCUUUUAAAGCUUUAGUUGUCCUCUUUAUGUUUGUGUAAUAUUCACUGAAACCCUAUUUGAAUUACCAUUCUGAUACUUAAUAUGAUAACUCCCCCAAUAUUUGGACUACACUGGCUUUGACUGUCAAUUGAGAGACCAAGCUUACUGUACAUAUUAUAGUUUACAGGUUAUAAUUAUUAAUUUAUAAAAUUGUAUGAUCAAAUUGUUUUAAAAAUCUAUGAAACUUGAUUGUUAUGCAGAAUAUGCAAAUUACAAUGAUUAAAUACUUGACUAAUAAAAUUGUGUAAAUACAUUACUUUUGUGUAUUGUAUACAAUAAAGAUAUAGUAAUGUG